AUCGUAACUUGUUGAACCUCGAUCCGUAUAAAAGGAUGUCCGUGUGGAUGGAAGAGCAUCAGUUAACCGUCUGAUAUUUUCAGAAGAAAUUAGCAGCAUGCAGUCUCUCAAGAUCGCUCUUCUCUUCGCCUUCGUGGCCCUGGCCAGCACUUGCUCGCAAGCUCCUGGAACCACCACCACUACUGUCACCACCACCGUCACUACCGUCACCGCCGAUGAUGACAGCGACUCUGGACUACUGACCGCUAAUGAUCGCCGCAUCAUCCGCAAGACCUGGGACCAGGCCAAGAAGGACGGAGAUGUUCCUCCCCAGAUCCUCUUCCGUUUCAUCAAGGCCCACCCCGAGUACCAGAAGAUGUUCAAGUCCUUCGCUGAUGUUCCCCAAGCCGAGCUUUUGGGCAACGGAAACUUCUUGGCCCAGGCCUACACCAUCUUGGCCGGUUUGAACGUCGUCAUCCAGUCCCUGUCCAGCCAGGAGCUUAUUGCCAACCAAAUCAACGCUCUCGGUGGUGCCCAUAAGCCCCGUGGAGCUACCCCCAUCAUGUUCGAGCAAUUCGGUAACGUCGCUGAGGAAGUCCUUGCUGAAGAGCUCGGCAGCUCCUUCAACGCCGAGGCCAGACAAGCCUGGAAGAACGGUAUGCGCGCUUUGGUCACUGGCAUCGCCAAGAACCUCAAGAACGCCGAAGAUUUGGCUGAUCCCCAGACUAAACUGACCCCUCACCAGAUCCAAGAUGUCCAGAGGACCUGGGAAAACCUGAGGGCCAACCGCAACGCUAUGGUCUCAUCCAUCUUCGUCAAGCUGUUCAAGGAGACCCCCCGCGUCCAGAAACACUUUGCCAAAUUCGCUAACGUUGCCGUCGAUGCCUUGCCCGAAAAUGGCGAAUACAACAAACAAAUCGCUUUGGUUGCUGACCGUCUCGACACCAUCAUUUCCGCCAUGGACGAUAAAUUGCAAUUGUUGGGCAACAUCAACUACAUGCGUUACACUCACCAGCCUCCCCGUGCCAUCCCUCGUCAGACUUUCGAGGACUUUGCCCGCCUUCUCAUCGAGUCUCUCGAGGCUAGCGGCGUUUCUGGUGAUGAUAUGGACUCGUGGAAGGGAGUUCUGACCAUCUUCGUUAACGGUGUUUCUCCCAAGUAAAUCAACCACUCUCCUCUUUCCGUUCGGAAAAAGGAAAAGAAAAAGCUGCACAAGAACUCGCUGUUUUUCAAUUUUUAUAUCAAGACCAAUUUUUUCUAUCAACCAAUAAAUGAAACAUUUAUGAAAUUCAA